GAGGGGGAGCGUUUUGAUAGAGGCUUACAAUUUUGAAAGCACGCUAUCUGGUCUACGUUUCUUUUUACGGUAUCUUCGUAGUCGAGUUUAACGUUUAUAUAACAUUUGUAUAAUCUAUGGCUGAUGUAAAAGAUGAAGAAUUUGAUCUCACCUUUUUGGACGAAGAUGGUAUCGAUGUAGAUGUACCUGACGCCGCUUCAACCCGACUUAUUCACCUCGACAAAGAUACGGAAAUCCCGAAACGAUAUUUGAUUCGCAAGAUUUUUUCACCGCAUUUAGAGCCGCCAGCUCAUUACCACCCUGCUGCAGAAGAGUCCCAAAGAAGGAAAAAGGUUCACAGCAAGUGGGGUACUGAAGUAAUCAAAGGUCGGCAUAGUUAUUCCAAUCAAGAUGACCUUGUAGCCUUAUUAAGCUUUGAAAAUACAUCUAGUUCUCGUAAUUCCAGCCUUGAUGAAACAACCAUCAGAAAAGUAAGACAAGUUUUAUCACAGAAGAGUGGAGAUGACAAUCUAGAACCUCUACGCCAUAGUGCUCUUCAGCUCUUAAUGAAGUUUUCCAGUACUGCCACUUACGACAAACUGGGGCAAUGUUUUUUAGAGGGAAAAAUUGAGGAAAUAUCUCAUUUAAAACUCACUGAGAUUCAAGCUGUGUCUCUAAUAAUUCCCCCACCAUGCUUCAUAGAGAUAGCCAUGCCUACUGAUGAAGGCUCAAAUCUCAAGGAAACCCUUUCCUCACUGUUGGUAUCACAUCAUUCUACUUUCCCAUUCUUAAGUGUUAGAGAACCAGAACACAAAUUUAACAAUGGAUCAAGCCCCUCAAAUUCUCCAGCAUCUAAGACCAGACGGGUGGAUAAUGGUGGUCUAACAAAACCUGCUGUAGGUGUGAUGCUAAUGUUUACACAGCGAGCAGAAAAAAAUUCUGAAAGCUGUUUGAGUGUAGUAAGAGGUAACUCUAAAGAAUGGGAGCAAGUCAAUGUGCCACAAGGAAUUGCAGAAGGACCUGGUGAUGAGGUUUAUUUCAAAGCUGCAAAUAGGGAAGGGCCUGUGUUUGCAGUCAAGAAACUGUCACCUGGUUCUGGAGUUCGCAUUAUACUUUUUGUGAACAAGGACAUAGACGAAGUAGAGCACUUUUACCACCUGAUCACUGGUAAGCAACCACUACACCUAAACAAGAUCGAAGAAGGCCUUAGUACCCGCACAUUCCCUCUAUCACCCAAACUGGAACUGCAACUUGUUUGUCAUCCAGCCCUUACAUCACAUCCUGUGAAAAAUGCUGCUCUUUGCUUCAUGUUGAAAGGGAAUGAUGUGAACGAAAUGUGUUCAGAAAUUCCUGGUGGACUUCGGAACAUUGGUGAAGGACAUUGGCAAGGAAAAGAUCCAGAGGGAAAUGCUGUUAUACUUUAUAGUUUACUAAAAUAGACUGCAACUGUUGUUUCUUGGGUUGCUUGAUAGAUGUAUAUCUUGUGAUAUCUUUACCUGUAAGUAGCAGUUGUGAAGGUGUACAUAUUUUGUGCACUGUAUAUUUUACUUUCUCCAAGGUGUGGCUUAGUCAGUUUUCUUUACAUAAGGACAAACAUGACUGACCUGAAAAUUUUGAUGUCACCUCAUUUUUGGAAGAAAUAAAAAUUUAUCACUAACCCUUACACCCUAAUAUCAGUGUCCAUGUUCUCGAUACUCCUCUCUAUACAUUUCCUUCAGUAAUUUGUUAUCAAUAAAAGCUUCUUACACAGAAUUAGGCUCACAAUCACCUUUGUUAUUCCCAUGAUCUUCGUGGAAUAUUCAGCUGUAUUACUUUAGAAAUUAGAUGCUAGUCACUGUUGAAAGGGCGAAGUUCACAGCAUGUGGUUAUGGAAUAUCCUUAUAUACAGCUUUCAGAAAGCAAUCAAGUGUUCUUUCUCUAGUCAAAGAGUGUUUUUAUUUAAUUUAAUGGAUAUUUUUAAUAACUUUUAUUUAGUAAAGUUCCUUCUGUCAGAAUCCAAAAACUGAAAACAGAUGAAUAUAGCUGAAAUCAAUGUAAAGUGAAAACUCCAAUGGCAUGAAAAAAGUUUUAAUAACAACAGACUUUGUUAAGACACUCAGAGGACUAUAUAGAUUUUGUACACAUUCUGUAGGAUAAGGUUGUGAAAAAAUCUCCCUUAAAUUAAAGCAAGGAUAUUAUAAUAUUUCUACAAAUAUCCAAGUAGAAUCUACUCCACAAUAUGAACUUCAACACUUAAUCUGCCUUUUUUUUGUUGCUUAAGAUAGAUAGUAACGUAUAGAGGUAACAAGAAAUUUGCUUUCCGUGGCAGUCACGUGUAGAUAUCACAUAUGGAUUAAUUUAGUUUCAAUUAAACAUCUAGUAUCACUGAACAAGGUAUGGUACUUAGUGGUAUGGUAUUCAUGGUAGGUUAUUGAAGGCACAGCUGUUGUAACUUACCGGUAAUCAAACAUGAAGCAGC